AUGAGCGAAGCUAUGGAUCUAUAUACUCAUCUUAUUCAAGCUGCGACCCUACAACGAAUAGGCAAUGUGGACAUUGUGGCGUUCGACCGCCGAGACAAUCACAAACGUUUUCCUAGCGAGGACCGAUAUUACACAGAAGAUUGGAAACUCUUGAACGGGAUCUGGAAGUUGGCCAUUGUACUCGACGGUCAUGGUGGGACUGCAACAGUGGAUUUUGUUCUUGAACGUUUACCUUCAAUGCUGAAACUGGCUCUCGAGUCGGCUCUCCAAAAGGGAUCCGCCACCGUCGACGACGCAACUCUGACGAACAUGAUGUCCAAGACUCUCAUCGACAUUGAAGAAGAAAUUAAGAACGACUUGCUGUCGCUUAUUCCCACCGACCCAGACGCACUGGCCAAGUUCGACGCUGCUGCCGCGCUGCAGGAUAGUCCCGGAAACUUAAACGUGAAGCUGAAGCGGGUGCUUUCGGGGACGACUGCCAUGGUAGCCUUGAUCGACCCCGACAAACGUGUCCACAUUGCGAGUGUAGGAGAUUGCGAUGCUUUUCUUUGUUUCCUCGCAGAGGACGGAUCGUGGGACAGCCGGCACAUGGGCUUCGCCCACCGAUGCACAAAUUCAGCUGAGAAAGCACGAAUCUUGGCUGAACAUCCAGGGGAGCCUGAUUGCAUCAGUAGCUGGGGUGUACCCAGAUUACUCGGCUUACACACCCUCAGUCGUGCGAUUGGCAACACGUAUUUUAACCUCCCAGUCAAUGUUAUUCAAGUCAUCGGAGCUGGGCGCGGCGAAGAUUUCGAGCAAUCCUUUCUCGAUCUUGUCAAGACCCCACCAUACCUUUCCAACGUCCCUGAGGUCGCUCACGAUCAUAUUGACACCCAAAAGUUUCUCGUCCUAGCCUCGGAUGGACUGGAAACUGUGGUGCGCCGAAAGUUGCCAUCUGACCCAGUGUCAAUCGGCAAAUUGUGUGGUGCUGCCGCCACCAAGGGUCAAACCGCUGGCCGCAAUCUUGCGGGCGAAAUUCUUUUUGAGGCAAUGGGUGGCGACAGCGAAGGCAACAUAGUCGUGCCGGCGAUUGAGGGGAAAUUGAAGGGCCGCUUGGAUGACGCCACAAUUCUGGUCAUUUCGUUGUAA